AUGGUAGCAUCUGUGGGAGAAGCCGCGGUUGCAAGGAGGAUAGAGCGAGAAAUGGCGCGGUCUUUGGAGGCAAAGCGGAAGCGAAGGGACGACAACAUCAGAGAGGAUAAGAGGGCAAGAUGUGCGGUGGUGUUUCAGGCCAUAUGGAGGGGACGUUGUAUGAGGGCACUAGUCGCUCCAGCCCUUGCCUCUCGUCCACGCCAAGCUGAAGAGACACGGCGCAUGUUCCAGGAGGAGCGAUUGGCGGAGCGCGUUGUUGCACUUGAAGCAGAACGUAGGGAGUUAGAGCUUAAGCAUCAAUACACUGAGCUAGACGCAAUGAGGUAUGCGGAGAAACGCACGCGCGCAUCCUGGGCGUUUCUUAGACACCUCGAGGAAACAGCGAGGGGAGAAGAGCUGGUGCGCAUGCGAGCCGAGGAGCGAUUCACUCGCGCGUUGAUGGACGUCGAGAUCCAAGACCUGCGACGAGCGCAAAUAGCCCAGCGCGAGGAGGAAGAGUCCAGCAGGAUGCACGCAGAAGACCUGGCGAUGCGCGAGCUCAAGCUUGCGGAGAAAGCCCAGAUUUUGGAGCGGGUAGUAAUGCAGGCCGAAGACAUGCUGGCGAGGGGCCUGAAGAACUUCAAAGAGCAAGAGCUGGCCUCAUCACGAGCUGAAGGCUACCGCAUGGCGGCCGAGGAUAGUGCUUCCGCGACGUGGAACGCCGAAUUUCGCCGCCAGAGAGAAGCUUGUCUCCGUGAGGCGUGGGCGAGAUCGACACCUAUUCAGCGAGCAGCGGAUCCCAGAGGGGUGGCUGCGGCACGGGCAUUGGUGUGCGCGGAUGGAGUCAGAACACCGUCCAAGCCAGAGCCGUCGGAGCUACUGGACGAAAGAACGAUAUUGAUGAUGGAGCAAGCCCGACGCAGGGAAUACUGCAAAAGGCAUUUGGACCGAAUUUCGGCCAGUGCUCUACGGGUUCGGAAGGACCGUCAAGCUGCAGCGCAUACCAAGGGUCUGGGUAGGACACUUUCAGGCCAUGGCAACAAAAGUGGCGCCCGCGGCGGUUCUCAGGGGGAGGUGUCGUUCGAAGAAGACCUAGUCUCGCCUAAGAAGGAUAGGGCUGGGCCAGCAGAGCGAGAUGGGGCGGAGUGCCAACUGACAUCGGACAUGCUCUCGCACCUGGGCCCCCUGGAAGAUCUGACCGCGCUUGAGCUUUGCGUGGAGGGACUGACGUCGGCAUCCUUGCUCCAAGCGUGCACGUCGCUCAAGUCGCUCUCGCUCAAUGUGAACCGGCUGUCUUCUCCCUCUGGUCUGGUAGUGAGCACAUCCCUCGUUAGGCUAGGUCUCAGGGACAACCGGUUGUCGUCUCUGCAGGGACUGUCUGGCCUCCCUAGCCUGCGAGAGCUUCGACUGGAUAUCAACCACCUCUCCUCCCUCCACGAGCUAAAACUCCUACCGGCACUGGUCGAGCUGUCAGCCAACACCAACCACAUCCGAGAGCUGCCGGAAGGGUUCGCGGCCGGUCUCAUGCAACCCACGGAUCCUAUCCCAGCCCAGACAGAAACGUGUCCCACUGUAGUAGAGAGGGCUGUCGCCUGCGGUGGGUUACAGAAGUUGGAACUGUAUCACAACCGCCUCGCAUCGAUCAAUCCGCGGGCUUUGCAGGGGCUGGCUUCCCUGACUCACUUGGACCUCGGUCGAAAUCAGCUCCAGACGUUGGAUGGCCAGGCGCUUGAGUGUUGCCCUGCUCUCUCGACACUUAUCCUGAGCCAAAACCUUCUGCGGGAGCCACCCUCUCCGCUUUGCUUGCCUCUCUUGAACGAGCUCUGGCUGAGUGGCAAUCAGAUACGCAGCAUGGGCUCUUGGGCUUCUUCUCCGACAGAGACGCGUCUGGACUCGUUGCCUGAGCGUUGGACCAAACAUCGUGCCAUUUUGGAGGGGGCGCUGCUGGAGUUAUCGGGAGACUCACCACAGCAGCUACGUGCUUCACCAGGAGAUCAACACUUGAAACACACCCCUUUCUUGGGGAGGGUAUCGGAAGGACAGGGGCGGGAGAGCGAGUAUGGAAAACAAGAAACAUCGACACGUGGGGAGCAUGGGCGGACAUACGAUGAUGCUACCGUGUGGCUGCCAAGUCUGGAAGUGCUACACUUGCAGGACAACGCGCUGGAAACCCUUGGCGGGCGUUUUUCUCUCGCCGGUUGCCCGCUGUUGCGAUCUUUUGACGCAAGCUUCAACCAGCUGAGGGCUCCCGAUGAAAUUUCCCUGUCGCUUGAAGCGUGCAGCGGGCUAGAGGAAGUCCGAUUACACGACAACCCGGCAUCGGCAUGCCCAAACUACGCAGAUGCGAUCACCCUCAGCUGCCCUCACCUCACGCAGAUGGACGGCGUCCAUCUAGACGCUCAGGUGCAGCACUGGCGAGCGGGAGCGAACGCAUACGGUAGACGAGCGGAUCUAGUCCUCCCGUUCCUCCUCGAGACAGGCGAAACGAGCGAGGCUCGGCGCGGCGCGGCGGCCGCUACCCCAACCACUGCCCGCAACGAAACAACUGGGAACGAUGUCAGCGAAUCCAAAGCAUCGAAGGAGGCUAGUGUCGGUGACUAUUGUCCCUGGUGCGGGGUAUGCACGCUACGCGCCAAGCACGCGAACGACACGGUGGAAGAGAGCGACGCCGUGAACGUUGCCGAGGUCAUCGUCAGAGGAAGAGACGGGGCAAGAGACGAAGCGUCGGGGUUGGAUCCCGCAUCCGGCACAACAAACCUGCCCCAGCACAUUCCAGGUUGUGUUGAAGGUGGAAGAUCUUCAGGGCCAAGUACAUGUGUUUCUUGUGGCUUCGAGCUUCCCAGUGCGGACCUCUGGUCCGUGUCCGAGUCGCGCGCCGCUCGCUCCUUUGUGAGCUGGCAAGAUGUUUGCUCCGCAGGAGGCCGGUGGCGUGAUGGCUUUUGUGCUGACGUUCGUGACACGAUAGGAAUGGGCCAAGAAGAGAUGAGUGAGAGAGACUCCUUCCGCAAAGCCUGCCUUCAGGGCCGAGUCGAGCGAGAAAAGAUGAGACGCCGACAUCGACGCGAAGAAAGGAACGUUGCGACUGGCGCAGGCGUUAACGAGGAACGGACUGCGCAGCUCGUAGCUUCGUCGCCGAGCGUUCGCCAAGACGUCGGCACGACGUGGCCAGCGAACGAAAAGGCGGUCACAAAGCUACAGUCAGCGUUUCGCGGUUUCCAUGUGCGGCGGGCUCUACAGGCCGCGUUGGACUCUGCGAAAUACGUCGACGACGAACUGGAGGGCCUUCUGAACAUCAACGGAGGGGAUCGUUUCGAGCUUGACCGAUUUCUGUCCCCCCCACCGGAGCUGGGAGACGGCUGGUUGGGGACAACCGCGGUGGCCCAAGGAAACAAGAACAUUCCUCGACACCUAACCCCUCCCAGUCGUGCGAAGGCCACCAGCAUCCGUGCGAUUGACACUGCCCGAGCUGCCGUCAGCAACACACCUCGACGCCCACAUCCGAGAGGAGGUGAUGGCGUGGAAGCGACGAGCAGAACGAGGUUGGAUUCGUACUGCACUGGCGGUACUGGCCACGCAACCAAGAGCACUAUUCUCUCUGAAACUGUGCAAGCCGUGCAGACAGGGCGAAGCGAUGAUAGAGAAACUGCGGAGAGGACUACUAGCGAUGAGGGCAGUGCGAGCGCAAGGGACAAAGCCAGCGAAGGUGGCGGCGGCCCCGAAAGGAGGGCUAAAAGUGACCUAGCGCGUGAUUGGGGGCUUACGGAUCCAAGAGCAGCACGGGCAUUCGCCAAAAGGGCAAAGAGACUUCGAAAGUUCCAGAACGGGGAGGGUCAGAAGAAAAAGAACACUCAACACUCCAGGAGUGGAAGUGGUGGAGAGUCAGCCACCCAACGCUCCAACGGCGGUGAAGGCGGUUGGGUGCAAGUCCCACGAGCACCACGAGAAGCACGCCCCAGGCUCGCACCCGUCGGCAGCGACAACCCCGCUGUAGCGACGACCGACCCAGGGGCGCAACAAAGCACGAGGAGGGGCGCACGGCCUUGGUCGCUUACAAAGCCUCAUCGCAGCUCACCGGGACGUGGCCGCCCUUGCGCGCAGCUGCAUGCACAAGAUCUCGGCCUCUCCUGCGCGGAGACCGUUUUCGUACACAAGAGCGGGCCUACAGCAGUGUAG